AUGAACGGCUUUCUCUUAUUGACUCCCCCAGUACCCAUAAAGCGGGAUGCAGGGAGUAUUCCUUCCAAUUUUUCCGGUUUCAAGAAAUCUCCGCUGUCAAGGGUGACAUCGAAUGGUUCAAUUGUACAGCCGUCUAAUAGCUCAUUUUCAUUUAGUGCGAGAUCGACUACAGUCUCGUCAACAUCAGAUGUAACCACCGCCGCAUACGCUGGAAGGAAAAAGAUAUUUGAUCCUAACACACUACAGUAUGUUGAUAUUCAAGACAUGAUGUCUUUAUUUGAACGGAAAUUAUUCAAGUACAACAAUUUGGUCAAACAAAUUAAGAAGAUGCUGGAGGAUGCGCAUUUACAUGACCUCCUUAACCUGAAUAAUUUCUCCUUCAAUGGCGGCCAGGCACCACUUUUCACAGUUCCAAAUGUCCAACAACUUAGAUACUUGUAUUUUGUUGCAUUUGAAACACAUCUGGUUACUCCUAAGACACAAUUGCUGGAGCCAUCUGCCGAAUACCUCGUAGAUGUGUCUAUACAAGAGAGUAUCGCUUCAGCCAGAAUCAACAGUUAUCAUUCAAAGGCUGAUAAACGGACUUCCAAGACAGCAGACAAAUAUAUCAAUUACUUGCUGAGCCGGAAUACGAAAGAAAAUCGGAAACGCAAAUCGUUAGCUUUCCCGCAAAAGUCCAUGACACAUCCACCUCUAACAGAUUUACUCCCGGAACUAGAAUACAGAUUAACCAGUUUCGAAAUUCAGGAACUUUCGGAAAGCGCAGGCGUGAGAAACUUGUUCCUUCAAUCAUCUUUCUGGGAUGACGUGUACCACGAUGUUAAGUACCAAAGAGCGCCACACGGUACAUAUGACAAACUACCUCAUUUCAAAGUGUGUCGACAAUUUUUCGUGGAGCUCCUUGACGUUGUACUUAAGAGUCUUGUUUCUGUGACAUGCGAGAUUGAUUCUGACGAUUUGAAGUUGUUGAACGGCGACGAAUUGCACGAGUUAAACAAACAGUGCCAUUAUUAUUUUAACAAUGGCUUCUCGGAAGUUUUUAUGCGGCUCAGAACUUUCUUCUUCAGCAUUUAUACGAAUUUAUCACAAGAUUCGGCAAUGACAGAUGUUACUGCGAUUGAGCUUUUGGAUAUUGUUAUCCUGGGAAUAGCAGAAAAUUUGUUGGUUCUGUUCCACAACCGUCCACACAAGGAGAAAUUAAUUCUGCUUUUUACUGCUUUGAUGAGAAGCUCAAUCCGACUCGUUUUCCGCUCAUCUACUGGAAUACGGUACUCCAGUUCUGUUGAAAGCGCGGAACUGCCUCUGUCUAGUCCAAUGAUUCGAAAGAACGAAAAAGAAGAGAUGAAGGAAGACCUGUUCCUGGAUUUAAAUGCACACUUGUGUGGUGCAUCCUCUCCCGAACCUACAUCCAAAAGAAGAGGAUUUUCUCGCCUUUUCAAGAGGAAAAGUAAUAAAAAUUAA